AUGUCGUUUUCCACAAAACUCAUCUCGAUGAUUUUGGUGCUUUUGAUUUCGACAUUUGUGGCGAACGCGUGAGUUUGCGGCGCGAAAAUUGAAAUUUUCAAAUUUUGAAUUUAGCUACUACGUCAAUCCCGACUAUUUUUACGGGGAUCAAAUUCCGACGAUGAAAAAAUCGGGACAAUUGAGAGCGUUGGCCGGAUCGCGAAAUUGGUGAGUUCUUGAGCUAUGACGUCAUCAUAAUAGGUAGCUCAGUGGCAGUGGUGGCUGCUGUCCAUCUCAAGGUCACAGGUUCGUGCCACGGUGCCUGCUGUUUUUGAUUUUUUUUUGAGCUAAGCUCAUUCUUGGCCUGUAAACUUCUCAAGUUAUCCUAACUAGAGGUCCAAAAAUCUUACAAGUUAGGAUAACUUGAGAAGUUUGCAGGCCAAAAAUAAGCUUAGCUCAAAAAAUCAAAAACAGCGGGGAUCGAACCUGUGGCCUUGAGAUUGACAGCAGUCAUUACUUCCUUGUGAGCUGCCUGCACGUUUGAAAUUUUGAUGACGUGGCAAAAGAGUUAGGAUAACUUGAAAUUGAUUUUUAAAAUUUCCGCCUGUGAGCUAUGACGUGGAAAAACUUCAAAAUUCAAAGCUCAAGUGGUUAUGACGUGGCAAAAGAGUUAGGGUAACUUGAAUUUUUUUCAAAUUUUUUCGAAUUCCACGUGGAAUUUUUUUCCAAAAUUUUUGAUGACGUGGCAAAAUUAGCCAUUUUUUUCAAAGUCUCAAAAAAGAGCAGCUGAAAAUAUUCUCGACGUUUCAAAAUGCCAUGAAAAUUACGUAGCCAAAAAUCAAAGCACACGGGAAUUUUUGGGGGCCAGGCCCAAAAGCCUGAAAACCCCGAAAGCCUAGAGGCCCGGCCCAAAAGCCUAGAAGCCCCAUUGCUCAUAUUAACCCCAAAAUGUUUGCAGCUUCUUCUCACCAGUCAAUUGCAUCAUCACCCACGACAUCAAAUCGUAUCGAAAAUUGGCGGGAGGAUCGGCCUAA